AUGAUCGAGAAUACGGUUCCAAAGUACCUGCUUAUGAGGACAUGCAUCCUCGGGUUUCGCGCAAUCACGCCUUUUAGCAUCUUCUGGGUCUCUUUCAGCAUCGCAGAACCCCCACAUUCGGCUUUUCGUCGCUUUCUACUGGCGUGGAGCAUCGUAGAGACCGCCUUCUGGUUGCUUGUCUACCUACCCCGCAAGCGCGCGCUCCAAGCUUCGGCCCAACACCCACAACCACUCGAGAAAGAGGAGAGGAAGGAAUUAUUCUGGCGAUGCUGGGAUAAGAUACCACACCCAGAAUACUAUAUCAGUAGAUGGUUUCUGGGCGCACGACCGGGCGAGAUACGACGUGAAAAUGUGCGCGAGUUCUAUUCGUGGGCGCUGCUGAACCGCGGCACUGAGAGCGAUGAAGAGCGGAGGAAGAGACGACAGGCACACCCAGAGGUCGCCAACGCUGAGGAUGACGAGCUGAAUGAGUAUGCGGAUGGCAUCGAGACGAUGCUUGGGAGGAAGCUGGAGCCUGGCUGGGGCAGCGCAAAGAGCUUGCGGUUGACUAUCGACCAAGUCAAUAUGGCGCAUCGGCCCUUUCUGUGGUACAUGAUUGUGAUGCUUGUCGACACCCUCACUGCCGCUCGUCUGCGCUAUUAUGGUUUUAUACUAUUCCGCACCCCGCUUCGCUCCUCGCUGGCCACCUUCCCACCACGGCUUGCCAAUUUCACCACGCGCACCAUCUCCUCUGCACCGGACAUGAGCUACUGGUACCGACCACAUACCUCAAGAACGCGACUACCAGUUCUUUUCGUACACGGCAUCGGCAUCGGCCUGCAUCCAUACGUCGAGUUCUUGCACGAGAUCAACAAGCACGAUCCACUUGCGGCAGAAGACGGUCAGGUCGGUAUCAUUGCAGUGGAAAUCAUGCCUGUCAGCUUUCGCAUCACUGGGCCGAUUCCCGACAGAGACAACAUCUGCCGGCAGAUUAACAUGAUCCUAGAACGCCAUGCUUUCGACAAAGUCGUCCUGGCAAGUCACUCUUACGGCUCUGUCAUCUCCACCCACCUUCUUCGAGACCCCAACACCGCUGCCAAGAUCGGACCGAUGGUCUUUGUCGACCCUGUUACAUUUCUACUACAUCUUCCUGAUGUGGCAUACAACUUCACAGCGCGCAGGCCAAAAGGUGCGAAUGAGCACCAGCUAUAUUACUUUGCUUCGACCGACAUGAUGGUUGCGCAAACGCUAGCUCGUCAGUUCUUCUGGGCACAAAAUAUACUAUGGAAGGAGGAUCUCAAAGACCGAGAUGUGACUGUCAGUCUUGGUGGCAGGGAUUUGAUAGUCGACACUGAGACGGUUGGAAAGUACCUAAAUGGUGCCGACCUUAAGGGUGAGGAUCGAACCUGGAAGGACUCCGAGUGGAGAGGCCGUGGUCUAGAAACGGUAUGGUGGCCCACUGUAGAUCAUGCACAAGUGUUCGAGAGGAGAGAGGGUAGGUCGAGAUUAGUGCACGUUUUGAGAGAGUACGUCAAACGCAAAGGAGAGGAGGACGAGGUGGAAGAAUUUCCCUGA